AUGGAUAAAAGCUUCACAAAAGAAACGCUAGAAGCGUGUUUGACGCAUUUGGCUCGAGCUGAUUCGAACGUGGUUCGACAAGCUCUCGACUCCGGCGAGCAGUUACAAGAAUCUUCAGGUUCUUACAAAAAACUAAACAGAUUGAAAAUUUGAACCUCAGAAGAUGUUGGACAAAAGCUUUCCGAGGCUCACAAAAGUGCGGUACAGGAAUGCAUAGCCCAAGCCGACAAACUCGUCACUUUGCACACCCAAAUCGAGUCCUGCGAUCGUAUCUUCGAGGUAUUUCCUCUGAUUCAAAUAAAUCGAUUCAAUUUUUUCAGCGGUUGCAAAACAUGUUGUGUAGCUUCCAAGACAAUCUUGGCAGCAUCGGAGAGGACAUGAAGCAGUUGCAAGUGCAAUCCUUGGAUAUUCAUCAGGUUCUUCAUUGAAAAUUGGUCAAAAAACUUCAUUUUUGCUAUUAUAGGAAUUGGAAAACAGGCAGAAAGUUCGAGCUGAGCUCAGUCAGUUUGUAGACGACAUAGUCGUUCCUCAAAACAUGAUUGGGUAUUUUGAAGUAUAUUUUGUACCGCUCUGAGGUAUAUCUUUCAGUGCGAUUGUCGGUUUAGACCCCAAUGAACGAGGUUUCAUAGAGGCGCUUCACGAACUUCACCACAAAAUCAAUCUGAUCAACUCUCGAGGAGAAGGUGAAGCUCUCGCUGUUCAUGAUGCCCUUCCCGUUCUCGAAAACCUCAAAAUAAAGGUUGUUCAUUUUUGUCUCAAUCAAUAAACCUUGAAAUAUCCAGGCGGUGGAAAAAGUUCGCGAGUGGCUUCUUUUGAAAAUCUACAUGUUCCGCAAGCCUUUGUCUAAUUACCAGGUACCUCAUAAACACAUACCUCGUACGAGUAAAAAUACAGAUUUUCCAACAUCAACUUCUGAAAUCUCGAUUCUUUUACGAAUUUACGUUGAAACAUGACCCGGCGGUUGCUCAAGAAGUUUUUCAUCCGAAAAAGUUAAAUCACAUCAAAAAUUUCAGAUUCAAGAUGAGUAUAUUGAUACAAUCAGCAAAAUGUUCUUCACUUACUUCAAAGCUUACGCUUCACGGCUUUUUAAAUUGAUGGUUUGCAUUGAUUUUUAUUAUUUUAAAUCUAUCGGAGGCUACAGAUGAAAGAUGCGGCGACCAAAGAAGACGUUCUUGGUGCUACGGACGUAGUGAAAGGGGGAGCUAUUGCUGGUCUUUUCGGCUCUAAGCCCCAGGUUUUGUCAAAUUUUCAGAAAUAAAAGCGAAUCAAAAGUCAAAUUUUGAGGUGAGAAACCGCGCAACAGUUUUUUCAUUGGGUUCUCGGGAUAAUGUACUCACAACGGAUUUUUUGAGCGCUCUGAUUGUUCCUCAUGCCGCGACGCAAAAUAAUCAAACGGUGAAUUCAAAAGUGCGGUUUGAAGACAUAUUGUCAGUUUUUAGUUUCAAUUUGAAGCCUUGUUCCGUUCUUUGCAAUUGGCUUUCGUGGAUCAUUACAGCCAUGAAUACCUUUUUGUCGCUGACUUUUUCGUGGCUGAGGAAGCCCAAGCUGUUGAUUUGCAUUCUAAGGUUUCUUUCUUACUAAUUUUUUGUGACUUUUAUUCCUUUCUAGGCAAUGUCUAGAGCGGUCUCUGUAUUACUGAAAAGCUGUGAAGAGCAAAUCGCUUUGAGCUGGGACGCCAUAAGUUUGCAUCUUUGUGUCUGCCUUUCCCAAAAGUUCCACAGUCUUUUGGCAGAACGAGAAGUUCCUACAAUGAAUGCGUAAGAUCCAGAUAAUUUUGAAAGAUCACCUGAAGUUUUCUAGAUAUUGGGAAACGUUGACAAAUAUACUUUGGGUUAGAUUCGAUCAAGUCAUGACUGGACAUAACGAAAGCGUUCGCAUUCUUGAUAUCAAAAAACUGCAGCAAAACUUAUUAGACACUCGUCCUCAUUAUGUGAGUUGCUAUGUACUCUCAAACUAUUAAGAAUGAUUUUCAGAUUGUCCGUAGGUACGCUGAGUUAACGAGUGCUUUUCUGACAGUUACAAAGAAAAGUGGACGAGAUGUGAGUACUUUCAGGAGAUUUAUGUAGAUAAGAACAAAAGAAAUUUCGAACAUUCAGAUAGGACCAAAAAUGGAAGCUUUGCUGGAAUCGAGCGAAGAUGCUGUCGAGCAGCUAUUAGCGAGAAUGGCUUCCCUGCAGCAAAAUCCACGGGAUCGAAUUCUCUUUUUGAUCAACAACUACGACUUGAUCCUUGGAAUAAUUGACGUAUGGGAAACACUUGAAAAACUUGACUUUGUAACAAUAUAAUUAUCAGGACCACGAAUCGAAGCAAAGCAGAAUUCACGCGAUUGUACACGAACUCGAGCAAAAAUGUAUUGAUGAAUUUGUUGAGGUUAGUUGUUUAUCAGAAAAGUCGCUAUCGCAUUCGAUCAAAUGUUCAGGUCAUCCUUAAUCCUCAUUUGGGCGACAUAAUGAAACUCGUGUCGGAAUGUGAGCCCUUAGCGACCCAGGGCCACACUCAACUUCUUGUUCGAUACAACGGUUAGUAUUUUUAUUAUCAAAGCAAGCCUUGAACAAAAUUAUUUCAAGAAGUUUAUGGAUUUCCGCGCAGUUCAACAACGAUGCAAAAUGAUAACCAAGAAUUUGAAAACUAUGAUUGCAGAUAAAUUGAGUUCUGCCGUACUUACAUUUAAUCAAAAGUGGAAACCUUCUAUAGAAGCCAUCCACCAAGACAUUACAAAACUAUUCACCAACUUUCGCCUUGGCAGUCAUAUUCUUCAGGUUUUAUUUUUAUCAUUUUCACUUUUUGUAACGGUUUUCUCAGGCUAUUUUUUCAAAAUACAUACAGUACGUUCAGCGUUUCUCAAAAAUCACCACUCACGAAGUAAGUAAAAAAUGAUCCAAAAAUCAACAAAAUGACCCUUUUCAGACGUUUCUGAACAAUUCUACGUGUUCUGAGCUUGUCAAUGUGCACCAGGUCAUGUCAGAAGUCAAAAAGUUCAAGCCGGUCUACUGA